GGAAAAACCAAAACACUGAAACAGGCAACAAGGAAGACAAGGAACCGUUCCAGUCACAGUCACACACCACAACGCUCACGACUUGCUCAGUGAAGAAGCAACGCGUGUCGUGGAGUGGAUUGCUGUGGUGAAAGGCAAAAGCAAGUGAGGACAGGCCGGCAAGGGGACCAUGGAUGUGGAUCGACGGGUGGUGGUGCUGAGCAGCGCCGGCGCUUCGUCGCCCGUCUCCAUCGUGCCUCUCUCUCAAAUUGCGGAGGUGGACUUGGCCGUGUCGUGUUUGAUGGAGCACCAGAUCCUCGGAAUCGCUGUGUUUUGGACCCCUCGGCUUCGGACGAGCGAGUACUCGCCAAUUGCCUCGCUGUGCCUGAGUUCUGGCAGCAACACAUUCAUCUUCACCUGCGUCGAGAGCGGCAAAAUGCCUGCAUCACUGCAGCUUCUACUCACGCAUCAGGACUACACCAAAGUCGGCUACAACGUCCGGGAAGAUCUGAUUGUGAAGAUGUACGUCGAUUUUGGCAUCGAGCUUGGUCCUGUGCAUGACCUGCACGACAUUUUGGAGCAGGAGACCGGCUGCAAAAACCUGUUUGCCGCGUUUCGACGGGAGUUUCCUGGCUCCUCCUACUACUAUGAGCCAUCCCUGAGGUUCUCAGACUGGUGGCAGGAGCAACUCACAGAAGACCAGGUUGCCAUGUGCAUGUUCGAGGCAUGGACCACGCGUCACCUGUGGCUCGUUGUUGCGGAACCGCACGGCUACCCGCCCCGCGCAAAGACAACGGUGGUGGCAACGGAGGAGAUUUGUGCACAUGUGGAGCGCGAGACAGGCGACGGUGCUGGCAUGCAUGCAGGCAACGGAAGCACGCUCUUUCCUCAGCAACAGCAGCAGCAGCAGCAGCCAUCACAACAUCAUUCGUUUGCGUCGAAUAUGGGCGGCCCGUCUGUCCGGUAUGUGAUGGUGGACUCCUCCCACAGGCGCGGGCAGUCCUCCAUGCAUCACCAACAGUCACAGCAGCAGCCGCGCGUGACGGCAGGACCAGCAGUCCAGGCCGGGCCGUUUGUCCAUCCACAUGCACGCGACAUGCCAUCCGCCAUUUUCCCACCGGAGGAAGCAGAGGCCGGCGUUGGUCAGGGAGGGUUGCCGCAUUCCCACCACCAUCACCACCACCAUCACCAACACCGUCGUGUUGGUGAUGACGAGGGAGGAAGAGCAGACGCUGAUGAAGAAGAAGAAGAAGAAGAAGAAGAAGAAGAAGAGGGCGCGAUUGUGUUUGUGGAUCGAUCUGAGAACGAUCAUCACGAGUGCCCGUUCUGCCAGCGCCGAUUCGCGUCGUACUCUGAUCUGCAGCAGCACAUAUAUGCGCGCGUCAACGGCCUCUGCUAUCCCGAUGGGCCCCUGGACAAGACCGAGGUGACGACGACGGUGCUUGCUGCCAACAUGAGUGUGCGAGAUGUCGACGAUUCGCUCCCGCGCGCCCGCUCUCCCCGGCAGUCGCAAGGGCACAUGCGCAAGCCCCAAUACCAUCAUGGCGAUGGUGGCAGUGAUGAGGAAGAGAGAGUUGUGCGCGAGUUUGGUGGUGAGUUGCGUGGACGCCACAACGACAGUGAGGACGAAUAUGAGGAUGACGAAGAUGGGCACGAGGAGGAGGAGGAGGAGGAGGAAAAUGAUGAUGAUGAUGAGGAUGAUGAUGAUGACGACGGGUUCACAUCAAGGAGGGGAAGGCGCGGUGGUCGCGAGCGCGCAUUCGGUGAGAAGGUGCAAGCACCAGCAGCGUCUGCACCGCACCCGCAUUCCCGCAUCCCAGCGCGUGGAAACCGCUCACUGCGCAGCGAGUACACGCCAGGCAGUCGGAGCCAAUGGCAGCAUCGUGGAGACAGCACACCACGCCGCGCCAACGCAUCCGCGGGUCCAACGACAGCAUCAACGGCUGCACGUGUGCUGCACCGGACACAUGCGCCGGCAACCAUGUCAUCGUCAAUGCCAUCGUCGCCACGCUGGCGCCACUCUGGUCACAUCUCCAACGCAUCCGUGACACGCGUUGGCGGUGGCGGUGGUGGUGGUGCGAGUCAUCUGUCGUUGUCGCUUCCGCACAACACAUCCGUCUCUCCGCUGGAAAAAUCAGCAGAUCACCACGGUAUCGUGUGA